CCUUUCAGAGUGAAUCCAUGGCAAAUCAAUCAAGGACAUCCACUAAGCUCUCCCCCCGCUAUUCCGCCCUGACUUUAGAGGACGAGGCACCGGCCCUGCUUUCCCGAGGCCGCUGUCCAGAUGUUCGCUCUUCAAAGAGCUCCCAGCUUCACAAACAAGUUUCUGCCUCACCUCUCCACCCCAAGAGGCAAGCACACACAACGCAACUUAACGUGUCCCGAUGCCGUCGCUCAGAAACCUUUCCUACACCAGAUUCAAUCGUGGUGUCUCUGCUACGAGCCCUGGCCCAGGCUGGAGUCCCGCUUUCAGAGGCAGAGUUCUUUGAGAGUCUUGUGCAGCAGACCGGUGCUAAACGAUCACUCCCUUCCCUUGCACAGCUCCACCGUAGCUUUCUUCCUGCCCUGAGACGACGACAUGAAUUGGCUCUUUGCCAUAUCCUUCAGCAUCGUGAUGCCUUUGUCUUCCUUCAUGAGGCUACCACUGGUGAUGGGCGGGCAGCCCUUGGCCUCUCCCUUCUGCCUCUUGAUAGACUUGGGCAGUCUCCACUGCUUCUUGGGGUUGAGAUCCUGGAACAGUUGAGCCAUCCACUAGUGGCCCGUGCCGUUGCCCGAAUGCUGAGUGAAGGACAUGUUUUGUUCCACCGGGUACUGGCUGUGGUCACUUUGGGAAGUGUGCCUAUGAUCCAGGCCUUUGCUGCAAAUGGGAUUUUGGGUGCAGUGUUACCAGCUGCCCUCCAUGUUCCCUGCUUGUUCCAUCAGCUGGAGUUGGUGAUGGAGCUUUGGCAAGAUAAAUUAGAAAGGCUAGUUUCACUGCAGCUCCUUCUGGAAGAGACACUUGGACAGCGUCCAACCCUCCGUCAUCGUUAUGAACUAUUCCUGAAAGAGCAUGAGUUGGAGCUGUCUGUCCCUGUGUCCAGUAUGUGGGCUGGCCCAGAGGUUUGGCUGGAGAAAGUCAUAGGCAUUGCAGAACAUCUGUCUGUUCUGAGGGAAUUUGUAGUGGCUGAUGAAGUAGAGGGACCCCUCAUGGCAAAAUUGCAGAGUGUCCUGGUGGAGGACAAUAAGGAACUUAUGGCAGAAGCCACUUUUGUAGCUGAACAUGCCCUAGGUCUGUUGAACAUGGCACAGUUUCUCCACCAGACAGGUGAGCCACUGGCCCACCGAAUCUAUGGAGAACUGGAUUCCUUGCGGGUUUCUUUUUCCUACCACUUAGAUGCAAGACUGGGUCCCAAGACAGAACAGCAGCUGGCUCUGUGCCCACCUCAGCUUGCAGAACAGUUUCGUGGAAUCUUAGCUCAGAGCCUGAGUCGCCUGGAGCGCUUGUUUGACUCUCACCCUGCUAUGCCCACCUUGAAAGCAGUGCGGGCGCUUGAUCCCAAGCAACUGGGGGCUGUAGGGUGGAGCCAGGUAGACCAUGAGCAGGGGAUUCCCGGCCUAUCAGAGGUGCCAGAAAUGGAAUGGUUUCGGUAUCAACAUUUGGCUGAAGCAGCUCCUGCUGAUGUCUCCCUGCCUCAGUGGUGGGAGGCACAAGCAGAGCAGCUUCCUGUGCUGAGCCCCCUGGCCCGGCGAUCCCUCUGGCUGCCUGUUUGUGCUCCCAAGUCUCCCUUCCUCCCAGGAGGCUUCCUCAACCUAACAGUGCCCGAGGACGGCUUUACAGAGGAGAGCGCACGUCUCUUAUGCAUGCUCAGGUAUAACCGCAAGCUCCUUUAA